AUGCCACAAGACCCAAAUCUUUACGGCCAACGGCCGCCCAAGAAGCAAAAACGCGACACGAAUCUCACAUCCUCUCUGGACUUCACGGCGCAGCUCAGCUCGCUCAUGUCCAAAGGCGCAUCUUCACAACCACCGGCGGGACGUUCAAGACCAUCGCGGGAGCCCAAGGACGGCGUAUUCCGUAGCAAAGCCAAGGCUCAACAAGACGACGAGGAGAGAGACAACAAGCUAGUCAUCAAACAUGUCGCCGGCACAGAAGACGAAGCACAGGAACGCGCACGCGCGAAGCGCAUCAUGGAGAACAAGGCGCGUCUGUAUGCCGCAAUGAAGAGAGGCGACUACGUUGCCAAGGAGAAUGAGGCAGCACCUCUGAUCGAUUUCGACCGCAAAUGGGCCGAUGAAGUCGAAGGCAAAGACGACCACGCGACCAGUUCUGACGACGAGGACGACGAGGACGACGGCAGAGGCGACCAGAUGGUGGAACACGAGGACGAAUUCGGGCGCAUACGACAAGUGAAGCGAUCCGAAAAGGAGCGUCUCGAAAGGAGGGCAAAGCGCGGGCUGCUCGGCGCAGAGGAACUAGAGCGCAUGUCAGCCAGACCUAGCGCACCCAGCAAACUGAUCCACGGCGACGCGGUCCAAUCCAUGGCUUUCAAUCCCGAGGACGCAGACAAGAUGGAGGCCCUCGCACGGAAGCGAGACCGGAGCGCAACGCCGCCCGAGCUGAAACACUACGACGCUGACUGGGAAAUUCGCACAAAGGGCACGGGAUUCUACAAGUUCAGCAAGGAUGAGGAGAUAAGGGCCAAGGAGAUGCAGAAUCUCGAGGAGGAGCGGAAUCAGACAGAGAAGCUCCGCAAGGAGCGCGAGGCACAGAAAGAGGCACGGCGCAAGGAGAUUGAGCAGCGACGGAAGGACAUGGCCGCGCGAAGGGCGCAAAAGCAGGCAGACAGUUUCCUGGACGGUUUGGGCGGUUGA